CUACUCGAUAACAGUCGCCACCGAGCCACAAAACAGUUCACACGUGCCUUUUGCUUACCAAUAUUUAAUAACCAAACAAAAUAUUUAGUUUAUUUCAACAAAUAAAUUGAUAAUUUUGAGGUUAGAAUUUGUGGAAAAGCAAUUUGACAGCGCGGGAAAGCGUUCCCGCGCAGUUUGAUUUUUUCUUUUCUUUUUGCGUGAACAAAGGCGUUGUGUGUAGUGCCACUGGAUUUUGGACUUUGGUGGUCGUAAAGAGCAACAAGAUGCCUUCGGAGGUGAUAUCAGAGAAGUCGCUGCAGCGCGAGCUGGCUGACUCCAUCAUCAGGAUGGUUCCUCUGGACGAGAUCAGGAUCCUGCUGGCUUGUGGCGCUAAGGUGAACGAGCCAGUGACUCAGGGGCUCCGCCCCCUGCACUACGCGAUCUGGCAGCGUCACCUGGAGGCUACCAGGCUGCUGCUCGUGCGCGGUUGCGACGUCAACGCGCGCGAUGACUGCGGCUACAGCGCGUUGCAUCUCAGCGCCGAACACGGGUAUACGGAGCUAGUGAAGCUACUGCUGGAGAGUGGGGCGGCGGUGGACUACCGCGAGGACACGGGUGAAGAGUUUCCACGCACCACACUCUGCGACGAGCCGCUGCGUCUUGCUAUCAGGAAUAAACAUUAUGAUUGCGCUCGUCUCCUCCUAGAGCACGGUGCUGAUCCGAACAAGCGUUACUUCUUCGGCUCAGAGAUAAACCUGGUGUCGGACCCGGAGUAUCUGGAGCUACUGCUGACUUUCGGAGCUAACCCUGACUCUAGAGACAGGGCGGGCUUGACGCCGCUCAUGAAGGCAGCUCGGCAGAGAAAGGGUAUGGACGCGGUGCUCCUGCUCAUCAGCUUCGGCGCGGACGUCAACGCGAUGACUGACGCCAGGAACGAUUACCGGACUGUCAUGCACUAUGCUGUUCUUAGUGGCAACACAGACGUGGUGAACCUCCUAGUGAAGCAGGGUGCCCGUGUGAACUACUCGUGUGCGGAGCUCAGCAAGCCGAGCCCGCUCGACCUGGCCAUACUCAAGGGAGACGUGCACAUGUUACACAUGCUCACAGCUGCUGGCGCGCACGUGAACGCUUCAAGCUCCGUCAUCGGGUCACCUCUCCACGUGGCUUGCUCCGACAAUAUAUCUAACAGGAAAGAAAUCAUUACAAUCCUCCUCGAACGCGGAGCAGACCCGAACCUGAAGGUUUACAACGAUGAAGAUGGCACCCAGCUGCGGCCGGCACUGGCAGAGUACCUGGCCAGCAAUCCUGACCCCAGCAGCGAGAUUAUCACCAUGCUGCUCAGAUAUGGAGCCAGGGUAAUAAUGAAAACCCAGUUCCGUGACCCGGACGGUAUCCUCAACCAUCUGCAGAAUGUGACAUCACCUGAAUAUGAACACAUCUUCUACAAGCUUCUAGAAGCUGCCGAAGCCUUCGACCUUUGCAUGAUCAAAAGAAACUCAACUAUAACCUCAAAACAGAAGGAGGUUUUGAUCGAGCGCGCCAAAACUCCCAUAACCUUAUUAGCGCAAGCAAGAAUAUUCUUCCGCAAAUUUUUCCGCACCUCCCUCAUUGAUAUUGCGCAGAAACUUGAAAUACCAAAAACUCUGCACCAGUAUUUGCUUUUUGAGUGCAGUUAAACUUUUAGUAAGUAAAAAUUUGGAUUUAAAUUGUUCUUGUAGGCUGAAAGGCCGCGUACCUUACCCGCCUAUUUUAGUUGAAAAAAAAAUAUAUUUGGUGUUGCCGGUCGGGAAUUUUUUCCCUAGUAAGGCGGGAGUUUUGGAUAAGAGUUGGUACUUCAUUAUAUUUUUGUAUUCUUUGUAUUGAUAUGUUUUGUAUACUUAUCUCAAUACGAAGAUCUCCUAUGUAUUUUUAAGGAAAAAAUAUACUUUAGUCUUUAAGGAGAAAAGUUCAAAGAAAAAUGCUAAAAUAAAUUUCGAAUUAAUUAUUUGUUUUUAGAAAUUAAAAUUGUGAGGAUAUCUCUCAUGGAUAAAUAUAUUAUUAAGUAGAUUUCAGUUUUACGAUUUGUCUUGUUUUGUAAUGGAUUAUCUUAUCAAUUAUUUCCUUUUUAUGAAAUUUCAUACUGAUUAUUCAGUACCUAGAUUAAACUUCAUAAUUAUUUACAGUAUCCAUUUUUGUAGUCUGAUUACAUACUUAUGGUGAUACUUUGUGAUAUAAUCUUAGGUUUAAGGCAUUACUUGUGAUUUUUAAGAGAUUAAAUACUCUCAAGUACUUAUUAUAUGCACGACUGUAUUGUAAUUAUAAUGAUAUUAAAAUAAAUGUGUGUGAAAAUUAUAA